CACAGGGACAAUAGAAAACGACCCUGGGUUUAUAAGCGCGGAUAUCAAUUGAAAUUGACUUCAGAAAUAAGAACAAACUCAAUGUUUGCCAUUAAUGAAUUGACCCUUCUCAAAUGUUUGAACAAGUCUGUAUUAUUCCAAACAAAUAAAAUGACAGCUCCUGACACUGUGACUGAAUGGAAUCUCACUGCCAUACAGAACUACGGCUCCCAGAAUCCAAGUCUCCUUUUACCGGCCUAAACGUCACAUUCCUGCAUUCCCCGGUGUCUGGAAGCGUAAUCUUUUCUUUCCGAACACAUUUCUCUCCGGAGAAAUACACCGAUGACACGGCGGGUUUAAUAUCAGGAGGUUCUUCAGGAUUCCCCCAGCUGUCCGAAUCCAAGAUUUGGGUCCCUCCCUCCUUCCCUCCGUCCCCCGGCAGGUGGCAGGCAGCAGGUCGCCAUGGAGAACUCGUCUGUGGCGUCAGCGUCCUCAGAGGCUGGCAGCACGCGCUCGCAGGAGAUUGAGGAGCUGGAGCGCUUCAUCGACAGCUACGUGCUGGAGUACCAGGUGCAAGGCCUGCUGGGAGAUAAGAACGAGGCAGACCUGGACGGAGACAACAAGCCCCAGUCCCACAUCUCACAGUGGACAGAGGACUGCAAUGACAGGAAAGAUGGGAGUUGGUCAUCCUCACGAGGGAGGGGCUCCACCAAACCGGAUGAGUGGGAUCACAGUAGUAAUGGCAGUACAGGGUCCAGGCCCAGCUCUGGUUCAAGGCCUGGUUCAGGUUCUAGGUCCGGCAGCAGAGGGAGGAACAACCAGUUCAGAGGGCCAGCCAAGGUACAGAACGGGAACAGAGACGGGUCAUUUGACAUCCUGGGUACUGAUAUCUGGGCUGCUAACACCAUGGACUCUCAUGGGGGGGCGACAUGGGACCUCCAGCCUGAGAAGCUAGACUUCAGUCAGUUCCACAGGAAACCCUUCAGAGGAACACCAAAGCAUCUACCACACAUCGACAGAGAGGGGAUGAUGAAAGGCAAGUUUGAAGAUGAUGAUGAUGAUGAUGGCAUCGACCUGAAUGACAUGGAGAAGUUCCUGCCAGGCCUUACUGGUUUCCUGCCCCUGCCUAAUGAAGCAGAGAUCGCACACACCAAAACGCUCUUCCGACGCAGGAGGAACGACCGACGGAGACAGCAGCAGCAGAGACCUCCGGGAGGAGGAGGAGACAGGAAGACCCAGAAUCCUCAGCAGCAGUCGCCACAACGACAACAACCUCCAUCUCAACAACAACCGGUCAAUCAGCAACAGAAUGACCAGCAGCAGCCCGGGCCGGGGGGUCAUGGUAGAUACCCUCGUGACCAACAGCAGCAGCAGGGAGGACAGCGUGGAGGUAGCCACGGGCAACAGUUCCAGGGCCACGGCGGGCAGCGUCAGGGACCUCCCCACCACGGCUAUAGCCAGAAUCGCCGCUGGCACCACAACCAGAAGGGGCAGGGGGUAGGACAGGGACUGCAGGGGCAAGGGGGCCCGGCAGGUGACAGGGACAGGGGGGCAACCACAACGGGAGACAGGGACCGAGGGGGGGCAACCACAACGGGAGACAGGGACCGAGGGGGGGCAACCACAAUGGGAGACAGGGACCGAGGGGGGGCACCAACGGGAGACAGGGACAGGGGGACACCAACGGGAGCCAGGGACAGGGGGGCACCAAUGGGAGACAGGGACAGGGGGGCACCAAUGGGAGACAGGGACAGGGGGGGGGCACCAAUGGGAGACAGGGACAGAGGGGGGGCAACCACAACGGGAGACAGGGACAGAGGGGGGGCACCAACGGGAGACAGGGACAGGGGGGCACCAACGGGAGACAGGGACAGGGGGGCACCAACGGGAGACAGGGACAGGGGGGCACCAACGGGAGACAGGGACAGGGGGGCACCAACGGGAGACAGGGACAGGGGGGCACCAACGGGAGACAGGGACAGGGGGGCACCAACGGGAGACAGGGACAGGGGGGCACCAACGGGAGACAGGGACAGGGGGGCACCAACGGGAGACAGGGACAGAGGGGGGGCACCAACGGGAGACAGGGACAGAGGGGGGGCACCAACGGGAGACAGGGACAGAGGGGGGGCACCAACGGGAGACAGGGACAGAGGGGGGGCAACCACAACGGGAGACAGGGACGGGGGGGCAACCACAACGGGAGACGGGGACAGGGGGGCACCGACGGGAGACGGGGACAGGGGGGCACCGACGGGAGACGGGGACAGGGGGGCACCGACGGGAGACUGGGACAGAGGGGGGGCACCGACGGGAGACAUGGACAGAGGGGGGGCAAACACAACGGGAGACAGGGACAGAGGCGGGGCAACCACAACGGGAGACAGGGACAGAGGGGGGGCAACCACAACGGGAGACGGGGACAGGGGGGUGGCACCACUCAGAAACACCAAAGAGACAAAGAAUGUGAAGGCAGAGGAGACCAGCACCAGGCUGGAGACAGAGAGCUCCAGGGGCCCCAGUGAGGGGCUUCCCAGCCAGCCUGGGGGCCAGGAGAAGGGCCAGAGCCCAACGGGGAGUGACAAGCACAGGGAGAGCCAGCUGGACGAGGGCCCUAAAGUCAGCCUGCUGCAGUCAUCCAAGGAGAGGCUGAGGAGGAGGCUAAAAGACAAGGAGGAGGCUGUGGUGUCUCCGGUCGGGCCCCAGCGGAGCCGCAUGCACCGCCUGCUGGAGAUCCUGAACAGCAUGAGGAGCAACAGAGCCGGGGUGGACAGCCAGCUCAGCUCCUUCAUGGAGGAGGCCCAGAGCUCGACCCAGUCAGAGGAGACCCUGGCCCAGAUAGUCAGCACCAUCUAUGACAAGGCCCUCAGCGACAGGAGCUUUGCUGCUACUGCUGCAAGGCUCUGUGACAAGAUGGCCCUGUUCAUGGUGGAGGGGACCAAGUUUAGGUCACUACUGCUCAAUAUGUUACAGAAGGACUUCUCUCGUCGGGUGGAGCUGCAGGCGUCUGACGUGGAGCUUUGGUUGGGAUUCAUCACCUUCCUGUGUGAGGUUUUUGGAACCAUGAGGUCCAGCGCUGGAGAACCGUUUAGGGUGUUGGUCUGUCCUAUAUACACCUGUCUCCGAGAGCUGCUGCAGUCUCCCGAGGUCAAGGAGGAUGCGGUCCUCUGUUGUUCUAUGGAGCUGCAGUCCACAGGUCAUCUCCUGGAGGAGCAGCUUCCAGAGAUGAUGACUGAGCUCCUUGCCACAGCCAGGGACAAGAUGCUAUGUCCGGCUGAGUCCCAGCUGACCCGCUCCCUCCUCAUGGAGGUCAUCGAGCUGCGUGCCCAUCACUGGACCCCUCUGGAGGCCCUCACCACACAGUACUACAACAGGACCAUUCAGAAGCUCACCACCGCCUAGCCACCCAGGUCCCAGGCCUGGACCUAGGUUCACACGUCUUCGGGUCUCUCUUGAAAAAUACAUUUUAUCUCAAUAAGACUACCUGGUUAAAUCAGAUAAAAAGGUCCAUUUCUCUGACAUAGGGAGGCCUUAACUGGGUUGAUAGCUAGGAGGCAUGGCACCGUACCGGGCGGCAGUACAGAAUUUAUCUGGGGACGAAAGGGUUUAGGUUACGGUUUGGGGAUGAGACAGAAACGUGAAACCAUGCAUAAACAAGACAAACACUACACACACAACUAAAAGGACUGGCCAUGCUGCCUGUUCCAACGAGACGGGAGGAGGACAAAGAGUGGUUGUGAGGCGCAUAGAGGAGAAGGGUGUGUGGGGGUACAGGGUCGGGUAACAGCCGUCUCUGGGGAACAGAGGGUCUCCUCGGAGGUUAAAAAGAGAAGGUGGUGUCCAGAGGGACAUUUCAUUCUCUAUCUCCUUUGUGCUUGUUUGCCAACUACCCCCCCUAUCUGUUUCCGCCCUCUCCUCCUCCUCUCAGCUCUAGACCCCUUCCACCCCUAUCUGUUUCCUCCCUCUCCUCCUCUCAGCUCUAGACCCCUUC